GGAAUAACAAACCCCUAAUAGCCCUAAGAAUCGAGACAAAGGAACCCUAAAAACCCCUUAUUGUAGAUCCCACGGAGGGAGCUCGAUUCCCUCCCCGCCAUUAAUGGGUAGUCGUGUACAGACCGGAAGGCUCCGUCCGGAUGCCCCCACCCCUCCGUUGCCACGCAUCACUGGAUGACGCCUAGUGAUUCGAGUUCGCUCGGCGCUGGCCGAUGGUAGGACUCGAAACCUAAGGAAAAUGGCAGAUGGAGGAGCCCUUUCCGCUUGUUCCGGAGCUGCUGUUAGUUGCGGGCAAGCUCGGAAGGUCUCGUGUUCGAGCUGAACCGGAGCUUGGUGGAUGAGCUUGGAGAAUUUCUCGGCUGAUAGUUUGGUUUUCUGAUGCUGGGUUGGCGCCCAAGAAUCGAGAACAAAAACAAAGGUUGCAGCUUGACUUCGAAUCGGUGAAAAAGGAGUGUCUCUUCUGAUCGAUGUAGAGAAUGCCAAAGGAGGAGGCUUGGUACUGUUUAAGCUCCCGAAUCUUCCCCGUCCGCUGACUUGGGGAAGAGAACUAAGGCGAGGGGGGGAAGGAAGAAGGGGGACGAAGGCGACCAGAGAUCGAUAAAGAAAUCGGUGGGCCAAACGGAUGAGAUUUAGGGAAUAUAAUACCGAGGUAAUCCAGAAAGUAAAGCUUUAUUUUAAUUGCUGCAUAUCUCGUGAAAAUCCAGGAAUUCGAUUCAGUUGUUGCUUCGAGAAAGGGGCUUGUCUCGAAUCAUCGCCUCCGUUGCAUUGCAGUCCACCAAAGAGUUCUCUUCCUGCUCUGCUUCGCUGUUAACCUCGCCGGGUAUUCUUUGUUUAUUGAUGUCACAACUGAUGAGCUGCCUCUGUUUUGUCCUUAAUCCCCAACCAAUUCCUUUAAAGAUUGGAAGAGUUGGAGGAAUUAGAGCAUGGUGAAGAAGUCGCUGGGCUGCCUUAUUUUCCCUCUCCAUCAAAAAGGAAAGAAAAGGGUAUAAAAAGCUGUGGUUUCUACCUCUUCGUACGAACUGGCGGCAGAAAAAGAAGAAGAAAGGGGGAGGCGAGGCUGGGUGUUGGUUCCUGGUGGUAUGGGUCUGAAGACGGGGGCGGGUGGUGAAAAGAGGUGGUGGUGGAACCGAAAUGUGAUCAUGGUGCUCUGGGUGAUGCUUUCGGUAGGCUUUUGCAUAGGUUUGCAUUGCCAUAUGAGGACAGAAAGCAUGAGGAAGGCAGAGGAGACAUUGACGAGCAUGUGUGAGGAGAGGGCAAGAAUGCUGCAGGAGCAGUUUGCUGUAAGUGUCAACCACGUGCAUGCUCUAGCGAUCCUUGUGUCGACCUUUCACUACCAGAAAAGCCCACCCGCCCUUGAUCAGGAGACUUUUGCAGAUUACACAGCAAGUACAGCUUUUGAGAGGCCAUUGUUGAAUGGUGUGGCUUAUGCACAACGGGUUGUCCAUGCUGAAAGACAACUGUUUGAGAAUCAACAAGGCUGGAUGAUCAAGACUAUGAAACGGGAUCCAUCUCCUGUACAAGAUGAGUAUGCCCCUGUGAUUUACUCUCAGGAGACUGUCUCCUACAUUGAAGCCCUUGAUAUGAUGUCCGGAGAGGAAGAUCGUGAAAAUAUCUUAAGGGCUAGAGCAACCGGAAAAGCUGUUCUUACAAGGCCCUUCAGACUUUUGGAGUCUAACCAUCUGGGUGUGGUUCUAACAUUUCCUGUAUAUUUGUUAGAUCUUCCUGAUGAUGCUACAGCUGAAGAGCGUGUGAGAGCAACUGCAGGGUACCUUGGAGGAGCUUUUGAUGUUGAGUCUCUCGUGGAAAAUCUAUUACGCCAGCUUGCUGGCAAUCAGGAAAUCAUGGUCAAUGUAUAUGAUGUCACAAAUGCAUCUGAACCAUUAAUAAUGUAUGGAACCAAUCCUCCUGAUGAUCACAUGUUACUUUCACAUGUCAGUAUGCUUGACUUUGGAGAUCCAUUUAGGAAACACCAAAUGAAGUGCAGAUACCGUGAGAAGCCUCCAGUUUCACUAUCAUCAAUUACUACGCCAUCUGGUAUUUUUGUGAUCUGUAUGCUGGUAGGGUACAUAGGUUAUGCUGCUUGGAGUCACUAUGAUAAUGUUAAAGAAGAUUUUCGUAAAAUGGAAGAGCUAAAGAAGCAAGCAGAAGCUGCAGAUGUUGCUAAAUCUCAGUUUCUUGCUACUGUCUCUCAUGAAAUCAGAACACCUAUGAAUGGAGUCCUUGGAAUGCUCGAUAUGCUUUUGGACACAAACCUGAAUUUAACUCAGAAGGAUUAUGCACAAACUGCUCAAGUCUGUGGAAGGGCACUGAUAUCGUUGAUUAAUGAAGUACUUGACCGAGCAAAAAUUGAAGCUGGCAAGUUAGAGAUAGAGUCGGUUCCAUUUGACCUGCGAUCUAUCCUAGAUGAUGUGAUAUCAUUGUUUUCUGCAAAAUCAAGAGAAAAAGGAAUUGAGCUAGCUGUUUAUGUUUCUGAGAGAGUUCCUAGUAUUCUCAUGGGUGAUCCUGGGAGAUUUCGGCAAAUUAUUACAAAUCUUGUUGGGAACUCAGUCAAAUUUACAGAGAGAGGUCAUGUUUUUGUCCAAGUUCAUUUGGUUGAGCAUGUGAAUAUGGCGAUGAAUGCAACAGCCGAAACAGGUUUAAAUGGACAUGUCAAUGAAGUGAACAAGAAAUCAGCCACUACUGUGUUCAAUACAUUAAGUGGUCUAGAAGUUGCUGAUUCUAGAAAUACAUGUGAAAGCUUUAAGUUGUUGCUCUCUCACGGGGCAUCUCUAUCCUGCACAUUUGGAGGUGGGUCAGUUCCUGAAAGUAUUGCUGAUAAAGUAACUCUAAUGGUUAGUGUUGAAGAUACAGGGAUAGGCAUCCCGGUUCAUGCCCAAGAUCGAGUUUUCACACCUUUUAUGCAGGCUGACAGCUCAACUUCCAGGAAUUAUGGUGGAACCGGUAUUGGCUUGAGCAUCAGCAAAUGUCUGGUUGAACUUAUGGGUGGGAAAAUAAACUUCAUUAGUCAGCCUCAUGUUGGAAGCACAUUUAUGUUCACUGCAGUCCUCCAGAAAUGUGGAAAAAGUGCCGGUGUUGAUACAAAGAGAUCUCUUUCUGAAGUUCUGCCUACCUGUUUUAGAGGAAUGAGAGUAACUCUAGUUGACAGGAGAGCAGUCAGAGCUGCCGUAACAAAAUACCAUCUACAAAGGUUGGGCAUAAUCAUUGAAGAUGUUAGUACUGUCAAUGAAGUUCUAUGUGCACUAUCUGGACAAAAUGAUUGUUUAAACUCUAGUCAACCUGGGAAACAACCAUCCAUAUUGUUAAUUGAGAAAGAUUCAUGGGAUCCAAAGGUCGACGUUCAUAUUCAGAAUCAACUCUUGGAAUACAAAGAAGCUGGUCGCAUACAAGUUGUGCCGAAAGUUGUUCUUCUAUUGACCAUUGAAUCUGAUAAAACAAGGGCUGGAUCUCAUGUUGAUGCUAUAAUUGUGAAGCCUCUGCGGGCAAGCACCAUAGCAACAUGCUUUCAACAGAUGCUGGGGAUGGGAAAAUGUCAAAAUAAAGAUACACUUAGUGGUUCAACUUCCCUCCGUGGCUUGUUGGAUGGGAAGAACAUAUUGGUGGUUGAUGAUAAUAAGGUGAAUCUUAGGGUUGCUGCUGCUGCACUGAAAAAGUAUGGCGCAAAGGUUGUGUGCGUUGAAAGUGGCAAAAGUGCUCUUUCCUUGCUCCAACCCCCACAUAAGUUUGAUGCUUGCUUCAUGGAUGUGCAGAUGCCAGAGAUGGAUGGAUUUGAGGCAACACGCCAGAUACGCCUAAUGGAGAACAAGGCAAAUGAAGAAGCUCCUCUGGAAGAAGGUUCGGUGAAGGCUAAAUGGCGCUUACCUAUCUUGGCAAUGACUGCUGAUGUUAUCCAAGCAACACACGAGGAGUGUGUGAAAUGCGGAAUGGACGGGUAUGUCUCCAAGCCUUUCGAGGAAGCUCAGCUAUAUCAAGCAGUUGCCAGAUUUGUGGUUUCCCAACCCAUUCCAGACUCUUGACAGCAUCCACAUCGGCACAUGUUCUGCAUCCGAAGAGCGCAAUUCUCCACCCUAGCAUGUGAGGUAGUUCUUGUCCAAAGUGCCUUGCAUCUUGGAAAUUGGCAGGAUCAAGGCAACUUGAUUUUGAGAUUUAAUCUCCCUCGAGGGUAAUUCAUCUUGGCAGUUUCACAGAGCCACUGGAUCAAGCUGUUGUAGAUUUGAAACUAGCAGCAGAUAUCAGAGGUUUAAUACACUGAGCAGCAAGGUAUAGUAUAGAUGUUGUGUGGCAAUGUAAAAUCUGAGACCAUACCAUUUCAGUGGUGUAAAUUGCGAUGUUCAUGCUGAUUUUUUGUUGGGAGCUCUAAUGAGCAUAAUUUUGCUCUUCAAGCUCUGACAAGUACAUUAAAUGAAUCAUUCAAUGACAGAUGAGUUUCAUAUA